UGCGUAAAUACAGUAUUUGUCGUGUCCUCGCCAGGAAGAGAAAAUACACAUGUUUACCUGGUGUGUAUUUCAGAAACUUCACAUGUAAGUAUAGAUCAAAUGGAAUACGAUAUGCAGUAACAACAAAAUGUCUUCUAACAAGAUAUUAGUAGAAGCUGUUCGAACUUUAACCAGAGGACAAGAAGAUGCCGAAGCUGACAUUGAAAACAACAAGAAAGGGGUGACAGUCAGUGACAUAGAGAGAUGGCUAGUGACACAGAAAUAUUACUUAACUAAAGACGAGUUUAAGUGUCCUCUGCAUGUUAGUUUGCAGAAAGAAGUAAGCGCGGGAAGACUCGAGAAGCUGACGUCUGGAACAUAUGUACUUUCAGUCCAGCAGAUCAGCAAGGAUAAAGCUAUGGCGAUAAAACAAAAGGCUCUACUGAAAAGAAGUAUAUCAACUCCUGGAAAAAGGGGGAGACCAUCGAAGAAAAAGCAGAAAAUGAAGCAGUUCCAGAGUCCAUAUGACGAUGAAGAAUGUCCUGUAGACCCUCCACAACCAUCAGAUACCUUGAAUGAAGGAAAUUGUGAUUAUUGUCUACAGACAGCAGAAAACAACAAGAGGGGCGAGCGGGAAGAAUUUCUAGUCUGUAAAGAUUGCAGUGCAAAAGCUCAUCCAACCUGUAUGGGAUAUUCGAUUCUGCUAUCUAGCAGAGCAAGACUGUAUCCCUGGCAAUGUAUUGACUGUAAGACUUGUUGUCUGUGUUUGGAUGCUAGUGAUCCAGAUAGCAUGUUAUUUUGCGAUGCUUGUGACAAAGGUUACCAUAUGAACUGUCACAAACCUAAAGUCACAGACAAACCUUCAGGAAAAUGGAUAUGUUCUGAAUGUGCGGAUCAGGGAAUAACUGAUGCGGACCUUGUAGAAGACACAGAGACAAAGGAUACUGAGAACAAAUCGGGAAAUACUAGUUGCAAUUACCCUACCCCUUGUGAGUCACCAGUUACAGAUCAGGACCCGGAUGUAAGAUCUUUUUUCAAAAAUGAAUCAAAAGAAAAUGGUCAUUCGUCAAUACCCAAAUUAGAUAAUGGCAAAUAUCCCGAUGCUUCUAAAUGGACGACAGAUGACGUCGUUCAAUUCAUCAUAUCGGUGGGAUUCAAAGAUCAAGCUGAGGCUUUUAGAGAACAGGAGAUAGAUGGACAGUCAUUACUUUUGAUGAAGAGAAGUGAUGUUUUAACUGGACUUAAUAUUAGACUAGGACCGGCUCUGAAGAUAUAUCAACAUGUUUUGAAACUGCAAGCAGUUGGAUUAGAUAACUCACUCUUCUGAAUAUUAUGUGCAUGUUUACGAGAUAAUCUAUGGCAGCCCAUUGGUUUUUUGUUAGAUUUUACAAAGGGUAAAUUUAUGAGAAAAAAAAAGCAUACCGUAGUGAAAACGGAAACAACCACGGGCGGACAUAAUUUAUUUCGAUUACGACCUUCGAGUAUACUAAAUGUCCAGAUGAACCGCUGUUAGAAUGUUGGUUCUUUCUGUAACUUUACGAGACUAUUGGCUCCUGUACUAAAGCUGUCUUCUUUCGUUACCAAAAUUUUGUUCAUUAUAAUAUUAGCAAUAAAGAAAAGCAAGUAACUGCUCACCAAGAGCUGCUGGAAAUAAAAAAAUGGCAAAGUAAAAUGCAGGAUCAGUUUUUCAAUCUGAACAAUUUGGUUGCCUACAAUUUCUGUAAAUAGAUUUUGCAAGAUUAAAACAUAUUUUUAGUUUUUGUAAGAUAAAACAAGAUACCAUUGGGGCAAUAAAAAACAAGUUUCAAAAAACACAAAUGCCCAAAAAGAAUUAAAAAAAGAACAGACAAACAGCAAUCCACAAUUCACUAACAGAACAUCCAAGAUAAAGCUUAAGCAACACUAACCUUACCUUAUACAGGGGAUGAACUCAGGCACCCUGGAAAGGUUAAAAGGGCCAUCAAAGAUACCAGGUUUAUAAUUUAGUAGUCCUUUUAAAGCCACAGGUGUUUUUGCAUAUACCAGAGACAUGUCUCAUGCAUAUACUGAAUGGCUACAACCGAUAAAGUUACUAGUUUAGAAGAACACACAACUAGAGGAUAAUCAGAGUUUUAAAAUUAUAUACGAUGAUGUAUAUAUUUAUUUUUUUUCUGUUUUUUGGGAUAUCCAUUUUAUUAAUGUGGGAUGAAAUCAUCUAAUUUUGUAUAUCUAUUAUGUCCUGAUUAUUGCAUUUUAAGCAUUCGUAUUAGUUUGUGCUAAAAUGUUCAUUGGCUGAAUUGAUGAUAUAUUUGAUAUCUGCAUUUAACAUCCUGCUUUGGCGUUUUUUCGAAUGUUUGUCCCCAACUAAAGUUUAAUUAGAGCAUUUGUUAUAUCCUAUCCAUUCUGACAUAUAAUAAUACCACAAAAUAUAAAUAUUACUCGUGAAAUAUCGUUGUGUACCCUCCUUGCAGAGCCCUUAUAAUUUACAUUUUUGACCAUUGGUCUUCAUGGAUAGUAGUAUCGUUGGCAAUCACACCACAUCUUAUCUUGUUGUUGUUGAUUUUAUACGGAAAUUGAGUGGUCAAUAGUAUCAUAGCUAAAUAUGUGUACUUUUUGGCAAAUUUUAUCGUUCUGUCAAAUUUUGAUUAUUUAUCCCAAGAAUGUACGAGAAAGACAAUUUUUAACAAAACUUGGUUUUGCGGUAUUUGACAAAACCUGUAAAUUUGUAAAGUUUUUUUAUCAAAAUCCCUUUAACAGAAUCAUGUAGCGCUUAAUUAUUUGAAUAAUAUGGUAUAGUCUCAAAUAUUCAAUUUCCAGUAGGGUUUGACAAGUUUUAGAUUCCAUGUGAGUGAAACAAAUACAGGGGAAAUUGACCGUAAUUGACCUGUUUGUAUUUAUUUAAACAUAGAUCUGUCUAAAUGUUUGCUGUUUCAGAUAAUUCUAUAUUCACAUUAUCCCAUAACUCUACUGGCGAUAUUUUGUAAAGGUUGAGUUGUUAAUUAAAUAUUAAAUAUGUAUAGUGCUCAAAUUAAAAUUUGAAACUAAAAUUAUACUAAUUUUGACUCAUUGUAUAGCGAUGUAAUAGUUUAAAAUCCAGCGAUGCACAUGCAGGCUUUUUUUUUAAUGUCUGAAGGUUGUGGAUUUUAAAAGAUGCACUAUCCAGUUUCACAAUUUUGGUCAGGAAGAGCCCUUACAGCCUUUAUAGCAAACAAAUGCAAUUGUCAGAAAUAUAAUAGGACAGUUUUUUCUUCUUUUGUUAUUACACAUACAAUUACUUUAUAAAUGAGAUGCAUACUUUUAUAUGACCGGGACUUUGUUUUAUUGAUGAAAAUAUUUACUUGUUAGCUUGUUAAAAUAAUGUAGUGUUCAUAUGUCAUUCAUAGUUCAUUGUUAUCAUUAUGUCAUGUUUUAUAUAGUCAUGACUCUAAAUUGUUAAUAAAAUUAAUCAAAUGAG